AUGGACAAAUACGACUUCCCGUUACCGCCCAAUUCAUUUCCAUGCUUGUACCAAGAGUCAGAGUCAUCACAAGAGCCAUCUACACCCACAAGUCCAAUGGAGUCAACUUAUAUAUCAUACCCGGGCAUAGACCCUACCUUUGAUCAUGGCGACAUUUCUGCAGAGUCUACGCCGUCAGAGUCUUCCCAGGGAACCACACAAAAGCCGAAGCGGAAACGAGAGAACAGAUAUAAAAAUGCUCCCCCUUCAGUAUUAUCUCGUCGGAGGGCCCAGAACCGCGCUUCACAAAGAGCAUACCGGGAGCGAAAAGACCAGCGCAUCAAGGACCUCGAGGACCUCCUUAAUGAGGCACAACAGAGAAACGACGUGCUGAGCCAGGCCUAUGCGGGCCUGCAGGCAGACUUUAUGAAACUAAAGAGCGAGCAAGAUCUCGCUGCCGCGGUCCAAUACCAGCAGCUCGGCAUCAGUUUCGAUCCCACCAUGACCGGACCACCCACCACAAGUCAGAUAGACGGGUUCGAAUCCGAGCUCUACCUGUGCGAAGCACCAACAAUGUACAAUAUUUAA